GGCCUUGAACUCACAGCAAUCCUCCUGCCUCAGCCUCCCAAGUGCUGGGAUCACAGGCAUGCGCCACCAUACCCAGAAAGGCUUUGAUCCUUAGGAAGACCGCUUUUACUGUUUGCAGUCUCUGAAAGUAGAAUUUUCAAAAGGAAAAAGAAUGACCUCUGUAAAGAUGUCUGACAGAAACCUCACAGCUGCCAAAGCUUCCCUUAUUGAGCAACUGAUGUCUAAAAGGAAUUUUGAGGAUCUUGGCAACCAUCUCACUGAACUAGAGAUGAUUUAUGUGACCAAGGAGCAUCUCCAGGAGACAGAUAUAGUCAGAGCUGUGUACAGAGUCCUCAAGAACUGUCCCUCUGUGGCUUUGAAAAAGAAAGCCAAGUGUUUGCUGUCAAAGUGGAAAGCGCUUUAUAAGGAUACUCACUGCAAAACAAGGGACGGCUUUAAGUUACCCUCCCCAGGUGGUAGUAAGGAAGAAAAUGCAGGACUCUCUCAUGACCAGAGUCAAGAUGAGGUGGUGGGUGGUACUAGUUCUGAUUCUCUGCCCUGCUCCCAAGAUGUUGCAACUCCUACCAAAAUGAUCAUGCCUCUGAAUAGCACUAGUCAAAUGGACCCUAAGGAAGAGCAUUUUGGGGAUGGUUACCCUAAACCCACCAGCAGUGGAUCAGACGAGUUGCUGGAUCCCAUGAUGCCCAUGAGAACCAAAUGCAUCGAGCUUCUUUACAGAGCUUUAACAAGUUCUUCCACAGAUCAGGCAAACACCGAUUUGUGGCAAAACUUUGCAAAAGAAAUCGAAGAGCACAUUUUUACCCUUUACUCAAAGAACAUCAAAAAAUAUAAAACCUGUAUCAGAAGUAAAGUGGCCAAUUUGAAGAACCCCAGCAAUUGUCACUUGCAACAAAACUUGCUCUCGGGGACCAUGUCUCCAGAAGAAUUUGCCGAGAUGACCACCAUGGAGAUGGCAAACCAGGAACUAAAGCAGCUGAGAGCUGCCUACACGGAAUCCUGUAUCCAGGAACAUCGCCUUCCCCAAGUGAUGGACGGCACACAGACAGACAAAAUCAAAUGCAGACGCUGCGAGAGGUACAACUGCAAGGUCACUGCGAUUGCCAGAGGGACACUUUUCCUUCCAAGUUGGGUGCGGAAUUCAAAGCCAGAUGAACAAAUGAUGACCUAUGUGAUUUGUAAUGAGUGUGGCGAGCAGUGGUACCAUAGCAAGUGGGUGUGCUUGUAACUGGCAAUGGAUGUCCCUUAGUAACAGAUACCUCGAGGGAUAACUUAUAUUGUACAACCCUUUUGUGCUUGUUGAAAAAAACUUAGAUAUACCAUUCUUUUUUUUUUUAAGUUGAAAAAGCAUACUUUAUUUUAGUGGCAAGCAUUUUCAUGACUAUUAAGAGGCAUGGUUGGGCUCAUAAGCAGAAGUGUUUCAUACAACCUGGAUUUAUUUCGUGUCAUAUGUAUGCAUAUAUAUGUGUGUAAAUUUU